AUGUCGUCGUUACUUAGAGUUUUGGUCGUUGGUGACAAUUCCAAUACACUGCUAUAUGCCUCUCGUUUCCGACUGGCAAAGAGCGUUGAGCUUUAUCACGUCAGUGAAAAUAAAUCUAACCAUUUCGAAGUGGAUACUUUGGCGUAUGGACAUGAUUCAUUUCAAUUAGACAACCACUUCACAUCGGUGGCUCAUUUAGAGGAAGCAAUGAAACAAUCGGGUGAGACCGGAGUCAUAUUUGAUCUGAUCAUAUUAAGUGCUAUGUCAUUACAAGAAAUGUCGUCACUGGCAAUGCAAUUGAAUCCAAUGAUCAAUAUCAACUCAAAGAUUUUUUUGGAAUCUAGCGGAUUUGUUCAGUUGGAACAAUUUGUAAAAAUGUCAAUGGAUUUACCACAGUUAAACAUCUUUAGCAUUGUAACGGAUUAUGAUCUUCGUGAAGUGCGUCCAAACCAAUACAAGCAAUUUGCAGCGCCAGGGGCGCAAAAUUGUAUUUAUUUGGGUGAUUCAAGCUCAAUCUCAUCGAAAAAGCAAAGCAGCGUUGGUGCUAGUCCGGCAAAAUAUCCAAAAAGUGUGGGAACUCUUUUAGCUACUUUCCAGAAAUUAUUCGAAAAAUUGUUUCCCCAAGAUAAAAUCGAUCUCUGUAACGGGUCGCAGGCUGAUUUCUUGUCAACUAUGUGGACCAUGGCCAUUCCAAAAAUAUGUUUUGAUCCAUUGUUAAUUCUAUUAGAAGAGACUGAUCCACAACAGCUAAAUCAUCAAGUUUUGGCGAAGCCAUUGAUUUCAGGUUUAGUCACUGAAGUUAUUACAAUCUUAAAGAGUAUGGGUGGUAAAUUGCCAACUCAUUUAGAAUCUGAAACUGAACUUUUAGCACAUUGGCAAUCCUCCUAUGCUGGUACUGGUGAAAUGCCAGCCGCUGUUUACCAUUUUGUUAAUCGUACUUCUCCAUUGAACAUCGACAUGCUAUUGUUACAGCCAAUUUUGUUAGCCGAUGAUUAUUACAUCAAGACCCCUUAUUUGGAAUUCCUAUACUCAUUAAUGUGUCAAUAUCAAAAGUUGAAUGACGGUAGUUCUAAAUGGUUUGUGAGAAGAGAAACUGAUGAAUUGCAAAAUGGUGGUAGUAACAAUAUUGCAGUGUUAACAGAUGAAAAUGAGCACUUGCAAUCCCAGCUGGUCGAAGUUCGUGAACAAUUGGCAGAAAAAGAUUCGCAUUUGAGAAAAAUGGAGGCAACUGCUCAACAAUCUGGAUCUCAAGUACAGGCUUUACAAAACCAAAUUGCAUCCUUGAGGGAAGUUAUCGUAGGCCAAUCCCAGAAACACGAUGCAUUGACUCAAGAAUUGAGACAGGCUCAACAACAGGCUCAACAAGUUGCACCUCUACAACAGCUACGUGAUGUCAAUGGCUCCAAUGAACAAGAAGGCUCCUUCACUAGUGCAGUGGGCGAACCACCUCGUGAAACUACUAACAAUAACCCCUAUUCUGAGAAUUAUGAGUCAAGCGGUACUCCAGAUUUGAGAGAUAUUGAGAAUUUUGCCCUACUUGGUGUAAGUUACGGUGAUACCCCACAAAGAGAUGCAUCUAAGCAGGAACAACAGCAGCAGCAGCAACCACAACAGCGUGCUGCGCCAGUCCAUCCAACUCAGCAUACUCCACCUCCAACAGCUACAAAUGUGAAUGGGGUCAACGGUGUGCCUGCUCAUUCAACGGCAACUGGCGGUACAUCCGAUUUAGACAGAUCUUUGAAAGAACGUGAGUUGGAAAUACGUAGAAAGGAAUUAGAAUUGCAAGAAAAAGAAUUGAAUUUUCAAAAGAGAGCUGUUCAACAACAACAACAUAGACAACAUAAAUAUGCUGGUGUUGCUGCUCCCGUCGGUGGGCCUGUUGCUGGUGGUGGCCCACCUUCCCCCACGUUGGGAUCAAGUAGAAAACCUUCUCACCCACAAUUGCAACAAGCACCAGGAUUGCGUUCCAAUAGAACGAUGCAUGGAGCUACACCAGGUGGAUUCGGACCUGGUGGUGGGUAUGGUGAUCCAAUGACUGGAGUCAAUGGUAAACCUCCUAGAGCCACUGCUGGUCCAAGUGGAUACGGGUUACAAGCCGCUGCCCCAUCACAACCUCAGGGACACUAUCCACCUCAUGCAAUUAAACCAACUAGUAGAAAAAACAGACACAGUAAUAUGCCAACUAUUGGCAAUGCUUCCAGCGUUGGUUUCCGCGAUUACAGCAGACCAACUGCUAGCGCUGGUGCUCCAGUGGUGUCAUCACGUGUCAACUCUAUGUCUACAGGUAAUCUGCAAAGUGUGCCGGUGCCUAAGAGCGUUAGGCAAUCAAGCGUUCCUGGUAUGAAUUUCCCGGGCAAUGGAUCAAAUCCAAGACUAGCAACUAAUGGUAGAGCUCCAGGUAUUAUUGGUCCUAGUAGUACUGGUGCUGGUAAUAAUGGUGUACCAGGAACUACUGGUAAUGAACUUAAUAAAUCAUUUGGUAGUGCCAAUUCAGGAACGGAUCCAACACAUUUAACUCCUGAUGAUUCCCAAAAUUCUGUAGCUCACCAUAUGAACGGUAACAGUUCUAAUUUACAAGUACCGGAAUUAAACAAUUCUGAGAAUAAUGGUUCGAGUGGACCACAACCACCAAUUUUACAAGUCAAUGGUACCGAACCAGAAAAACCAGUUGAAAUUAAUACAACAGCAGACACAAAUGAAGCAUCAGAAAUUAAUGAUGAAAAGGACGUUGCAUCCACAGGUGCUGCUAGCGUAGCUGGUGGUGGUGAUGAAAACGCUGGAACUGGUGAAAAGGGUAAGAAGAAGAAAUUUGGAUUGUUUGGUAAGAAGAAGAAUAAGUCCAAGAAAUGA